AUGAGCGCAGCGUUCCCGCCGUCGCUGAUGAUGAUGCAGCGCCCGCUGGGGAGUAGUACCGCCUUCAGCAUAGACUCGCUGAUCGGCAGCCCGCCGCAGCCCAGCCCCGGCCAUUUCGUCUACACUGGCUACCCUAUGUUCAUGCCCUACCGGCCGGUGGUGCUGCCGCCGCCGCCGCCGCCGCCGCCCGCGCUGCCCCAGGCCGCGCUGCAGCCGGCGCUGCCGCCCGCGCACCCUCACCACCAGAUCCCCAGCCUGCCCACCAGCUUCUGCUCCAGCUUGGCGCAGGGCAUGGCGCUCACCUCCACGCUCAUGGCCACGCUGCCCGGCGGCUUCUCCGCGUCUCCCCAGCACCAGGAGGCGGCGGCUGCCCGGAAGUUCGCGCCGCAGCCGCUGCCUGGCGGUGGCAACUUCGACAAGGCGGAGGCGCUGCAAGCCGACGCGGAGGACGGCAAAGGCUUCUUGGCCAAGGAGGGCUCGCUGCUUGCCUUCUCCGCGGCCGAGGCUGUGCAGGCGUCGCUCGUCGGGGCUGUCAGAGGGCAAGGGAAAGACGAGUCAAAGGUGGAAGACGACCCGAAGGGCAAGGAGGAGAGUUUCUCGCUGGAGAGCGAUCUGGAGUACAGCUCGGAUGACAAUCUGACUGGCCAGGCGGCUCACAAGGAGGAAGACCCCGGCCACGCGCUGGAGGAGACCCCGCCGAGCGGCGGCGGCGCGGGCAGCACCACGUCCACGGGCAAGAACCGGCGGCGGCGGACUGCCUUCACCAGCGAGCAGCUCCUCGAGCUAGAGAAGGAGUUCCACUGCAAAAAGUACCUCUCGCUGACCGAGCGCUCACAGAUCGCGCACGCCCUCAAACUCAGCGAGGUGCAGGUGAAAAUCUGGUUCCAGAACCGCCGGGCCAAGUGGAAACGGGUGAAAGCCGGCAAUGCCAAUUCCAAGACAGGGGAGCCCUCCAGGAACCCCAAGAUCGUUGUCCCCAUCCCCGUCCACGUCAGCAGGUUCGCCAUUAGAAGUCAGCAUCAGCAGCUAGAGCAGGCCCGACCCUGA